UACCCGAACUUCCGCACUUAGCGACAGCUUAUCUCCGCCGCCACGUUCAGUUCAACCACCGCCCUCAGUAUUCAUUACUACGGUCCGGCAAGACCUGCAAGAUGACUUCCCCACGGUCAGUUAACAGUUCCGAGGGUUGCAAUGGCUAAAGGAGUGGUGCUUGCAUACGUUUGCGUCCGAUGCGCUCUCAAUUCGUUGACGACCCGAACCUCUCUCGUUCCCGGCUUCGUCCAAUUGAGGAAAUAUACGACCGAAUCUCCCGUCGCACCAACCGCCCAACCAUCGACGCGCAAACACGAAGGGCCUGCGGAUGGGAAUACGAAUUCAGAGCCGGGGCCUAUGGCACGCCUCCUCGAAGAUGCCACGGAGGAAGUCCUACUCACAGGAGGCAGUGCGGGUCGAAGGGCGAUCGAAGACGCCGGUUUCUCAGAAGAGUUGAAGGAACGCCUACUUGCUAGGGUAAAAGACGCACAGUUCCGGUCAGCGCACGCCUCAGCGUUCACCGAAGCCAAUAUGCCCUCCGCCGCUGGUGAAGGUAGUCGUCUUACUGCCAUAAGUGAGCCGUGGACCGGCACCGAAACGACCGGAGAUGCUGUCCUACGAAUGCUCGACGACGCGCAUAAACCGCUGAAGCGGGAGCUACGAGGUCGCCCAAAGAUACCCGAUCUCCAGCCGGUCGAUAUGCGAAUAAGGCAGGAUCCCAAGGUGAGCCCUGGGUACAGAGCAGCCAACGCUAGAGAUAAGGCCUCCGUAUACGCAGGCAUGGGCAUGAAAAAGCUUCAGGAGGGCCUAAGUGAGCAAGAGAAGGAGGCAAUGAGGCAGGAGUUCCGCGACCGCUUUCGGCCGGCGGCUCGCGCCCUGCCGAGUACACUAACGGGAUUGGCGUCGCUCGCGAACGAGAGAAUUGAAGACGCGAUGGCGAGGGGGCAGUUCAAGGACAUCCCGCGGGGCAGGGGCGUCGAGCGCGACACGAGAUCCGACAAUCCUUUCAUCGACACAACAGAGUACAUCAUGAACAAGAUGAUCAAGCGCCAGGAGAUCGUGCCGCCGUGGAUCGAGAAGCAGCAGGAGCUUGCGAAAGCAGCGCAUACCUUCCGGGCGCGACUCCGGAGUGAUUGGAAACGCCACGCAGCUCGGAUGAUUUCCAGCAAAGGGGGGUCGCUUGAGGAUCAGAUGAAUAGGGCGAGAAAGUAUGCGAAGGCAGAGGAGAGUCAUAACCCGCGAAAAUGCAACGUAGAUCAGAUAACGGUGCCUACGAACUCGACCGACGACCCAGUCAUGGUCAAAACGCGACAGCAAACACCGGUAGAAACGGUAACCGAGAUAACGCCGGAGGUGGCUGACAACGGAACAGGAUCGGAGGAGGCGCCGUCGCCACUCCCUUUCCGAGACGCUGACUGGCUGGCUACGGAACAGUCCUACAUGGAUCUCUCUAUCAAUCACCUCAAUACGCUCACGCGAUCUUAUAAUUUGAUGGCGCCCGAGCUCGCUAAGAAGCCGUAUUUCUCCCUCGAGCGAGAACUGAACAACUGCUACGCUGACGUUGCGCCCCAACUCGCAGAGGCUAUUCGCGAUAGGGCCUCUCGACCUGCGAGAUCUCUAGCGGACAACGGCGGACACGCACCAAGCAUCUUGGACCGCUUCGGGAAGGGCGGUGAGACUACUAAGGUAUACGACUCUAAGAGUCCUCAUUACGGAUUUAGGGAGAUGUGGCGCGAUUUCUGGAAUCGCCAAGCGAAUUGAUGAGGCGGCCCCGUUGGACGGCUACAAGGCAAGUAAUGGGCCUUGUCCCUGAUGUAGCUAGCUAUGCGACUCCGUAGUAGGUAGGUAGGCAAGCCGCACGGGUGCAGUGUGAUGGGAAGGUCGGAGAGGGAGGAGACCCGAUACUCUCCCUUCCCACGAUAAUACAUAUAGCUCUAGCACGAAGUUGACUCCUGUAAUGAUACUUAGAUAAAGUAAAAAAUAAAAAAUAAAAUACGGACGCGGAGAGGUCGGCGAUGUAGUCGAGACCCAGCGGCUUCCUUAUUCGCCUCAC